AUGUCUCCACAAGCGUGGGAACUAGAUACCCUCGAGGACGCGGAGGGUCAUCUUCAGCGCCUCGAUUUCCAGCCAUUCCGACUCCAGAACCUCGUCAAUGGAGAACUCCUCCCUCACCCCCACGUUAGUUGGAUCGAUUCUGAGAACCCCAAGACUGGCCUCCGCUUUGCCUGCAUCCCCAAUAGCACUCCCGAGCAGAUCGACAAAGCCGUCAAAGCCGCCGAGGCGGCCUUUCCCUCAUGGUCCGCCACACCUCCCUCGCAACGAUCACAAUACCUCGAGCGCAUUGCGUCGCGAAUUGAAGAACAGCGAGAAUUGUUCGCAGUAUGGGAAAGCAUCGACCAGGGGAAGACGUUGGCGCGAGCGAGAGUGGAGAUCGAUCGCGCGGUGUCGAGUUUCCGAUAUUUUGCGACAUACAUCCUACACCAACAGACCCUUACCCGAUUUACAGAUACAAACGUUUUGACGUAUGAACAUCGCUCGCCGAAGGGCAUAUUCGCCCUCAUCGCACCAUGGGACAUGCCAUUAUGUCAACUUACAUGGAAGAUCGCGCCGUGUCUAGCCUUCGGAUGUACAGCCGUCGCGAAGCCGAGUGAAGUGACUAGCAUGACAGCCUAUCUCUUAUCACUCGUUUUCCAAGCCGUCGGCCUUCCCCCAGGCGUAAUCAACCUAGUCUACGGAGCCGGCAAUCCUACUGGCUCAGCCCUCAUCUCCCAUCCCCUCGUCAAUGGUAUCUUUUUCACCGGCAGCACAACCACCGGCCGGCAAAUCCGCCGCGACACCGUGGACGACAUCGGAAAACACCUCUCCCUCCAACUAAGCUCAAAGAACUCCACACUCAUAUUUGACGACGUCGACAUGCACAACGCCGUCGCGACGGCGGCAGCAGCAGCCUUAGAGAACCAAGGCGAGAUCUGUCUCUGCGCCUCACGAAUCUACGUCCAGAGACGAAUCUGGUCCGAGUUCGUAUCGCGCUUCGUCGCACACGUCAGAGAGCAUUACGUGCUAGGGAAUACAGUCGGCGCUGUGGUUUCCAUAGCGCACUAUAAUAAGAUCCGGUCGUACCUGGUAUUAGCGGCCGAGGAUCCGGUCAGUGUUUUCCAUCUGGGGUCUAUACCGCCGGAGAAUCCGGAGGGGGGUUUCUGGGUUGAGCCUGCUGUUUUGACAGUGUCGGAGGAGAGUCCGUUGUUGACGGAGGAGAUUUUUGGUCCUGUUGUUACGCUCACACCGUUUGAUACGGAGGAGGAGGUGAUAAGAAAGGCUAAUUGGAGCCAGUAUGGGCUGGCUAGUAUAUUGUUGACUAGGGAUGGGGGGCGCAUGCGACGGGUGGGGGAGAGGCUAGAGGCUGGGUUGGUUUGGGUGAAUUCUUGGCUGGAGCAGGAAUUGGGGACGCCGUAUGGGGGGAUGAAGGACUCAGGUAUCGGACGUGAGGGGGGUGAGCAUAUUAGGGAAGUAUUUACUUCUGUGCGGACGUUGCAUAUUCCUCAGGUAUAG